AUGGCAGUCGACAUCGUGGUCUCCAAGACCAUUGCGGCAGUCUUCCUUAGCAUAGCACUUUACAACUUCCUCGAACUUAAUGUCUACAUCUUCACCUUGUUCAAGAGACGGAGCGGGCUCUACUUCUGGAGCUUCACCAUAUCGACAUGGGGCAUCGUCUUCAACGCCAUCGGCUACACGCUCAUGCACCUCGCAAAUAUUCCGCAAAAGAACAUUUACGCCACAUUCAUCCUGGUAGGAUGGUGCGCGAUGAUCACCGGACAGUCUGUCGUGCUUUACUCGCGUCUACACAUCGUGAUGCACAACAGGAAGAAAUUGAAAGCCGUUCUGGUUAUGAUCAUUACCAACGCCAUAUGGCUCCACAUACCCAUCAUCGUCCUGGUCUACGGAAACAAUUCCGAUAACCCCACACCCUUCGUACAGCCCUACCAGAUCUACGAAAAGAUCCAACUCAGCGUCUUCAUCGCCCAGGAACUCAUCAUCUCCGGUCUCUACGUAUACGAAACGACGAAGCUCCUCCGUAUGGAACGUACGAUCGGAAACUUUGGCACGAAAAGCCUACUCCAACACCUCAUCUUUGUCAACUUGCUCGUCAUCCUCCUGGACUUCAGUAUCCUGGGCCUCGAAUUUGCAGACAUGUUCGAGAUCCAGACAUCGUGGAAGCCGCUCGUAUACAGCAUCAAGCUCAAGCUCGAAUUCAGCAUCCUUAACCGCCUCGUCGCCCUGACUCGGAACGCUCGGAGUGGAUGUGCCAGCUCGUACAGCAACGGCGGAAACCGGUCAGCGGCCGUAGCGCUAGGAACGGUUCGAGGAACGGGACAUCAACGCUCCGCUUUAGCCACAAACACGGAGCACCAAGAACAAUGGGAGGUACACGUUACCAGCGGAAAAGCAAACAACGACCAGCUCCCCUCGACCGUUAUCAAAACAACAGAGUUCACAGUCCAGAGCCAUAGUCGCAAGGACAGUGACGAUAAGAUUAGCUUCGCAGGGAGCAAGGAGGAAAUAUUGGCACACUCGGCGGCUCACAAUACUCAAGGGAGUACGUCGUCGGCGUCGUCGGAUCACAUUCAAUAUAACGGACGAUACGAUAGCCAGCCCUGGCAAUAA